CACAUUGAAUCGUGGCUGUGUGUGGUAGAGCGUCUCGUGCUCUCUGUAGUGUCCUCCUGUACUUGUGUUUUACUCCUGGUGCACCGUGUUGUACCUCGUGUUCUGCAGUGACCACGUGUGUGUAGGUUAUUUUAUUGGAAAUGAUAAAAUAAUGAAAUGGUAAAGAUAUGAUAUGGGCCAGAGUGAUGACAACAUGAAACAGGGAAAGAGUGGACAGUGGCCAGAACUGAGUUAUAAUAUGUGGUGCCACAGAGUGAGGCAUUAAGUGAUGGAGCUGUUGUGUGGUGUGCCCAAGCCCCAGCGACGCUCCGGCUGGGGGUCGGGCUGGGGCAGGGCCAGCACAGGUAAAGGCGCUACAGCCAAGGGGGACCUGAACCGUGGGUGGGGGAGCAUCAGACGGUCGGCCACCAUGCCUUCGUCAGGGUCUUACCUCAGUAAGUCUUCGCGGUCCUCGCCCCAAGCUUACCGCCGCCACCUUCUGCCCUCAACUCUUCCCUCCGCCAGUAAGCCUCAGCGUGCUGCCACCGACCCUUACAAGGAGCCGCUGUGCCCCGCCGUCACACUAACAUCAGCUAGUAAAGACGUGGUAGUGGUCGACGACGUUGGGGAGCCCGGCACUCUCCGCCGCUCUCAGACUCUACCUAUAGGAGUCAUGAGGAAGCCUCCAACUUGUCUGAGCAGCGCUGUGGCUUCCCUCAAGCGUGAGGGUUCUCUGAGGCGGCGGGGAGCCUCUGGCCGCGACACAAUAAAGAAGAACAACAAUCCUCCCAAAGAAGGCUUAAAGCGACAGGGGAGCGCCAGUAGUCUCACUACCACGACACAAGCCAACGACAAGAGCGUUAGUGAGAGAACUGUUGACUCCAGCGUCGUUAGUGAACCUGUGGUGGCCAGUACACAGGAUAAUGUGGAUUCUAGUGCUGGGACUCCGAGUCCUUUCAGGAGAACACUGACAUUGCCUCCGGGAGCAAUAUGCAGACGUUGUCCGGGCAUGAGGACCCCAGAGAGACGAAAAAUUUCGUUUGUACAUUCAAAAACAGAUCCGACCGAAAGUGACGAAAAAGAGAGCUCGGACACCAUCGUUGACAUGAGUGAUGCGACCAGUGACGGUACGAGGACAUCGUCGUCAUGGCGGGGCAAGAGGAACUCUACCACCUCCACCAUGUCGGGUUUAUCUCGCCUCACCUCCACCACCACGACAGAUGAGGGCGUGUGUGUGUACAGCGAGGGGGGUAGCGUGGGCUCGUCCUCCAUGUACGGCAGCGUGCGUGGUGGUGCGUGGAGUGGCAGCAGCGUUGACGAAGGUAUCAGCGUGUAUAGCGCCCCUUCUCUCGCCUCCUCAGCCGACCUCAGCUCCGCCUCCAGCCUCUACGAGCGUGCUGGGGCGAGGCCAAAGCUCCGCACUCCGCAGGUGCUUCAGGGCAUACUGCAGAAAAAAGAAGGGCAAGAGGAGGAAGAUGAGAAGUGCCUGCGGUGCCAGCGUGAGGCUGCGGGAGGAAGCAGUACCCCUCUGCGACGAGCCCGCAGCCUCCGCACACCUCGACACCUCCCCGUCACCCCCACCCUCCUCAGACUCCUGCAACUGGUGAGUGUUACACUACCUGUGAGUGUUUUUGUGACCCCUGGUGAAGGUUCGUCUGGCGUUAACGUGAGUGUGGACCUUCCUUUUACCUCCCCACUCCCCCAGAGCUUGUGUGAUAUCAGCGUCGCGCCCUCAGACCAAACCGGGGAGCUAGAGGCCUUAUCUGUUCCUCGCUGGAGGUCCUGUGACGCGGCCUACACCUACCGCACCUACAAGUGUUGA